UAAUAUUCUGUUGCCGGUAUUAUUAUGAUGCGUAUUGGCAGUCGCCACAAAUACAAGGGGUUUCAUCUGCAGUAGAUGUAAACGAAUUGCUGUGUAUAAAAGACACGAUACAUGUGCACCUGUUGCAUGCAUGCUCGUUGUGUAACCUCUUGCCUUUAUAACUUAUCCGCACACACGCUGUACAUUGUACCGGUACGUAUACUGUGUACGUAUUCUCAGUGCGGAACUCAUGAUUGGCUCUUUGCAGAAAGUGGAUGCGAAUAAACGGUGAUGUAGCUAUAAAGGAAGCAAAAUAAUAUGCGAACUAGAUUCCAACAGAAAGGAAGGGAUUGUUCAACUUGAAGGAAGAAAAAAAGAACAAAUGGAGCUUUGAAAUAGAAGAAAGUAACUCGAGAGGAGAGCCUCUUCUAAUCUCAGCCAUCUUUGAGGAGACAAGAUGGAGUUGGGAACCUUGGUGUGGUUCGACAAUGGGCUCGAUUACCCUGUUCCUGGGCGUGUCGUCGUCUCAAAUAAUGCUUCCAUGAAGAUACUCUGUGCCAGUGAUGGAAAGGAUUAUCCGAUAGAAGACCCUAGAAAGCUGUUGCGAAUCAGACAUGAUCAGAUUGAGCUUGAAAGUAUCCAGGAUAUGGUGGAACUCAGAGAUCUCCAUGAAGGAUCUAUACUGUUCAACCUGCACACCAGAUAUGAGAAGGGUCUCAUAUAUACAUACACAGGUAGCAUUUUGGUGGCCGUUAACCCCUACAAGCUCUUUGAUGAUAUCUAUAACAUAGAGAACGUCAGGAGAUAUGAAGGACAGCUGAUCGGACAUCUUCCACCACAUCUAUUUGCGAUAGGCAGUGGCGCAUACCUUCGCAUGACUCAAACCAAACAGAAUCAAUGUAUCGUGAUCAGCGGAGAGAGUGGUGCCGGCAAGACGGAGAGUACCAAGCUUAUUAUGCAAUACCUUGCAGCAGUCAACAAAGCUUCCACUAACCUCAUCACAGAACAAAUUCUAGAAGCUAACCCCUUGCUAGAAGCCUUUGGGAAUGCCAAGACAACUCGUAAUGACAACUCAAGUCGCUUUGGAAAAUACAUUGAGCUGUUCUUCAACAAUGGUCUUAUCAGUGGUGCCAGGACAACUGAAUAUCUGGUGGAGAAAUCCCGAGUCGUCAGACAGACUUCUGGUGAACGCAACUACCACAUCUUCUAUCAGAUGUUGGCCGGUAUGUCCAUCGGAGAGAAGGCCAAGUAUGGGCUCUCUCAACCAGAACGUUACUUCUACCUCAACCAAGGGGGCAGCAGUCGUCUGGAAACGCGCAACGAUGCAGAUGACUUCAUUCGCACGGUCUCAGCCAUGGAGGUGUUGAACUUUGACCCCAAUAAGCAAGAGACAGCCUUCAGCAUCCUGGCAGCCAUUUUGCAUAUUGGAAAUCUGUCUCUCCAGAAUUCAAAGACACAAGAUCGACCUGAUAUGCUAGAGGUCACCAAUGAGGGAGCCCUUUCUGGAGCAGCCAGGCUUCUACACAUCGACCCAAAGCAGCUUGAGGGCGCUAUACUCUACAGAGUCACAGAAACAAUCGGAGAGAGAAUUCUUACUCCUAGGACCCUUGAACAGGCAGAAGAUGCCAGAGAUGGGAUAGCGAAGUCUCUGUAUACCAGUCUUUUUGCCUGGUUAGUCAGGAGUAUCAAUGGCAUCACAAACCAAUCAGCAAAGAUGACCUCCAUCGCUAUCCUCGAUAUCUUUGGAUUUGAGGUCUUCGGAACAAACGGCUUUGAACAACUCUGCAUUAAUUAUGCAAAUGAACAUCUGCAAUUCUACUUCAACAAACAUAUCUUCCAACUAGAACAGCUUGAGUAUGCCAAAGAGAAGAUAGAAUGGCAGACCAUCUCGUUUGUAGACAAUCAACCUGUCUUGGAUCUCCUAGCUAAGAGACCUACCGGUAUCCUGCACAUCUUAGAUGAUGAGAGCAACUUUCCCAAGGGCACGGAGAAAGCCUUUGUGGAGAAGUGCCAUUACCACCACUCCUCCAACUCCUCGUACGGUCGCCCCAAGCAGCCUCGUCUGGAGUUCUGCAUCAAGCAUUACGCAGGACGCGUGAUCUACCAGCUGGACAACGUCAUCGGCAAGAACAGGGAUAUGCUCAAACCAGAGGUCAUGGAGAUGUUCAAGAACAGCAGGAAUCGGGUGCUAUCAGACAUGUUCAAGCUACUGCAGUCAGUCGAGCAGAGGAGAUCUAUGAUGGGGGCUAGUGGGCCUUCAGGCAUGAGGAAGAUGAGACCCUCCACGGUGGCUACCAGAUUCAACGAGUCCCUCCUGGAGCUGAUCAACAAUAUGAACAAAUGUCAUCCGUUCUUUGUGCGUUGCAUCAAACCCAACGAGGAGAAGGCCCCCAUGUUGUUUGACACCCCGAUCGUACUGAGCCAGCUGAGGUAUAGUGGUAUGCUGGAGACGGUACGCAUCAGAAGAAACGGCUUCCCAAUCAGGAUGACCUUCCUCUCAUUCAUGAACAGAUAUCGGUUCCUGAUCAGCGCCCACAUCACAUUCAGAGCGACGGCCAAGGAGCUCUGUCAGGAGAUCUUAUUCAGGGCAGGAGACAGGUUCAGAGGAGACUAUCAACUGGGAAUGUCAAAGGUGUUCAUGAAAGAAUCCCUGGAGAAUCACCUCGAGUAUGAGCGCUCCAAGAUCAUCCAGAAGGCGGUCCUUGUGAUUCAGCGCCGCCUCAGAGGGUUCCUGGCCCGGCGCCAGUACCAUCUCAUCCGCUACACCGUGGUGCAGCUCCAGGCCCACAUGAGGGGGUAUCUGGUGAGGCGCAGGGUGAGGACCAUCCUGAAGGGCGUGGUUCUGUUCCAGGCACUCUACAGGGGCAGGCUGCAGAGGAGGAGAUAUCUGGUGAUGUUGAAGAGGGCAAGAGAGGAGAGAGUCGAGCGGGAGAAGAGAGAGAAGCUCCGCAUUCAGCAGGAGAGAGGGAGGAUUGAGGAGGAGAGGAGGAAAGAAGCUAGUCGCCUAGCAGCAUCCAAGAUGGCUGCCAGCAGAGCACGUUCUCCUCCUCCUCCUCCAUAUCUACCGACCCAGUCAGCAGAUGUGUCCAGGGUGGACAUUCCCUAUGAACUCAGUCUGCUACUACAGAGGGGUUGGAGUCCACCACACAAUGAGAGAAACUUGAUCAAGGUCGUAGGUCAAGUGGCCCGUCAGGAGAGACCCAUCAGCUUCCCAGCUAACAUCAAUGACCAUCCCUUCUCUAAAUAUGUCAAUAUCUACUUCAAGAGUGAUGGCUUUGGCUAUCAAGACCAGCCCAUCGCUACAGGUCUCCAUACCCUCAAUGAGGCGGAUGACGAUGAAGCAGUAGCCGUAUUCAAGCUCAUCCUCAGGUUUCUCAUGACCGCUGACCCCGGCAAUGACCCUGCCAGGAAAACUCGGGACUUUAUCACUGGCAACUACAUUGUACAGAAAGGUUUGAACAACAGGAACAUUCGUGAUGAGAUCUACUGUCAGGUCUGCAGCCAGACAUGGAACAACACCAACAACAACAUCCAGGAGAGGGCGUGGCUGUUGCUUAGCAACAUCAUGGCCGCUUUCCCUCCAUCCCCCAAGCUUUACAACUUCCUCCUCAAGUUUGUGUCGGACCAUGCGUACGACGGUUACAAGGCCUACUGUCAGCACAAGCUACUCUCCUGUGACCCUCAUGCCAUCGAGUCUCAGGGUAGCCGGACGUAUCCCCCUAGUCUCCUGGAGUGGAAGGCACACCAACUGCAGGCCAAUAUGUCCCUGGUCACCAGACUCCCUGGAGAACCUGAUCCUAUCAAUGUCCAGGUCGACUCGUGGACCACUGGCGAAGAUUUCGCCGCUGCUGCUCUGAAACAGAAGGGACUCCAGAAGGGUUACCGGGGCUGGUCCGUUGAGCUGAUGGAUGAAAACGUCCGCUACGAUCUCUCUGGUCCUGACUCCGUCAUGGACCUCAUUGCCGAGAUGGAGGUGCAUCCCGAGAUGCCGGUAGGAGAGUCGCAUUUCCUCAUCGCAUCCGAGAUGAUCAAAAGUGGGCAGACUCAACACAGAAGGACUAUCAAAAGAAGGCACCAGUCUGAGAUAGAUAGCAUCAUAUCAACACCUACCUCAGCUCGUCCGUCAGUCCCACGCCGGUCUCCACAUGAUCAGCUUCAGUCCCAGUACCCAACCAACCUCAGCAUUCCUGAACCAGACUAUGUCAGCAAUGCCGAGCCAGGGAGAACGAUGGCUCAACGUAGUCGGAGCAUCGUCACCAUCUCAGGAAUGUCUGACUCCGGCAUGGAGGACUAUGUCAAAGAACUCUUUGAUCCUGCAACCCUAGGCAUCAACGGGAGCAGCGAGCCUCCCUCUCCUUCACCCUCUACAGACCUCUCAAGCCCUACACAUCUUAAUUAUGUCAUCAGGGGCGGGGGCAGGGGCCCCAUGAUGCCGUUCCCACCCCCUAUGCCCCCCACAUCGCAGCCCCCAGCAGGCCUUAUCGGUGUUCCAGCUUUCACACCGCCCUCUGUUGCUACCUAUCCCACUUACACAGGAGCCGCGGCUGCAGGGAUGACCCCUUACAUGGCACCACAGGCCAUGGGCGCCCAGAUGGUCCAGCCUAUGCCUACUAAUAUGACAGGCAUGGUACCCAUGAUGCAGGCGCCAAUGAUGGCAACCGUGCAACCACAGAUGGCUGCCAUGCAACCACAGAUGGCAACCAUACAACCACAGAUGGUCCAAGCGACACCGGUCAUGGUACCCCAAGCCCAGCUGACUAACCCAUCCCUAACAAACACCGCCCUCUCUCAGCAAGCCUAUAUCAACCAGCAAACCCUUAUGGCACAGCAAGCUCAGAUGCAACAGCAGCUGCAACAACAGCAACAACAGUUGAUGCAGAAUAUUCAGCAGUUGAACCAGCAAGCUCAACAGACACAGCAGUCUCAGGUCGUCAGCGCUGCCCCAACGGUUCCAGCACCGAAGACACAUCGGCAGAAUGCUACCAGUAAAUUCCGAGCACCCCAGGCCCCUGUCUCACCUGUAUCUUCCACAUCCUCUUCCUCCAUAUCCCCACCUCCUCCACCACCUCCAGCUGUGCCUCCCGUAAACGCUGCACCGCUGAAGAGCGCCAUCAAGCAGACAGCCAUCAAGAAGACAGCCGUCACAAAGAGCGUCCAGGAGAAGAAGAGCAUCCAGUUCAACCAGGAGGUUGUGAACAUCAGUAACGGAGCCAGCGAUGAGAUGGUGUCUCCUCCAACCUCUCCAGUCUCUCCCAUCUUCAGAGAGGGCUUCAUUCCACCUCCUCCACCACCGCCUCAGUUUGUCUCCAAAGCUGGCCGCACGAUCCAGCUGGACGACGUCAAGGACAGGGCUAGGACCAUCAGAGUGGGUAGGAUCGUCUGGCCUCCACGUAAAGCAGCGGGGGAGAAAGAAGAGGUUGUUGUCGGACGCCUGGAGGUAGAACAGCAAGAGGAGACCUCUCCAUCGCGUCCUCUCAAUCGCCCAACAGCGAUUACCUCUGAAAUGCUUCAGGAUCGUGCCGGCACCCUACGUAAGGCGAAAACAAAGAACUUCAGACCAAGGGCCGUUGGCCAUGUGGUAGCCACCACAGAAUCAGCACCAGCUCCGGUACCAGCAAAGGCCCAACCUCCUCCAGUAGCCAAAAAAGCCUUUGGACAGAAGAAGGAUCAUCACUCAGAGGCACUUCUGAUGCUGAAACAGCAGAUGAAGACUGCUCCUCCACCAUCACCAAAGAAGGUGACACCACCCCCUCCUGCACCUAUCAUUAAGAAAGCACCAUCACCACCAUCGCCACCCCCACCACCUCCACCACAAGAGCCACCUACUCCUCCACCAGUUGCUCCAGUGGUACAUGUAGUUUCUGCGGUUCCUACUCCACCUCCACCUCCACCUCCUCCACCCCCUCUACCUGUUAUGACAGAGCACAAGGAGAUGUUAGUCCAGACCAUUCAGACCAAGAUGGAAUCUGUUGAUAUCCUCAAGGCUCAAGGCAUCAUUCAGGAGAUUGAAGACACACCAUCUGUUACAUCGUCUACCAUCCCUGAUGCUCUAUCGGAUGCAGACGUUACGGAGAUGGAGAAGGUGCAGACCUUGGUCUAUCCCAUGGGACAGUCUUCCUUCUACAUGUACACCAGGGUGAGAUGGAACCUCACCAUCAGGAAAGAGGUGUUUACUCCAGGAGAACGUCUAGGCAACCCAACCGCCCAACAACUCAUCUUCUCACAGAUCGUCCUAGACGUCUUCAGUAAUAGCUGCAUCCGUAUGCGCAAGGGAGAGAAGCGUCUGAUGACUAGUCUGUUAGACAAAUAUGGCAUCACUCCUAAAAACCUACCCCAGAAGAGCGCUCAUCGCAAGGAGGUUAUAGAGGCCGCAAGACAAUUGCCUCUCUAUUUUAGCAGGUUUUUCUCAAUUCAUGGUGGGCGUCGACACCCCGACCUGCAGUGGCUGUGUGUAAGUGAUACUGGUGUCUACCUAGUGAAACAUGAGCUGGAUCCGAUGAAAGAUCAACUGGUCGUCACAGAAUCAUUCCAUUUUUCAGAUUUCAACCAGAUCGUAGCCACACCCAACCACACCCUUAAGCUUGCUCUAGCUGAUGGCACCAACAUACCACUCUAUACACACAGGGCUGCCCAAAUCAAGAGUAUGAUUGAUGCGUAUGUGGUAGACUUGGAGAAGGACUCUCAUCAUAUGAGGGCUGUCCAGGAUUACAUCACCAGGGAAACAACUCUUCUAAGCUUCCACAAGGGAGACAUCAUCAAGGUCACUGGCAAACAUCACGUCACAGAUUCAGGCUGGCUGUUUGGAAUGUUAGAUGGGCGAUCAGGUCUCUUCCCCAAGGAGUUUGUCAUCCCAGCUCCGGGUCCCCAGACAUUGAGACAGAUAAAGGAAAAAAGAUUACUGGCACAGAAUCGUGUCAACAUUGAGACAAGAAUGCUGGAAGAGCAAGGGCAUCAACCCCGUAUGGAGCCAGUGGACCCAGUGGUUGCCCCUAGCGACGAUCACAAGCGCUUCUCCAUGCCAGAGUUUGCUAAGAAAUACUUCAGGGAUAGCUCAGACAAAUUCAUCAUGCAGCGUAAGAGCGAUGGAUCUAUCCGAGGGUCCCUCAAGUUCAUGGGUUCACUCAAGAGAUCUAUACUCAAGAAAGAUAAGAAGAAGAGUGAGAAUGGCGUAAUGUCCAUGCAGCAGCACAUUGUGGCUGUAUCCUACACCAACUCACCCAUCCAAGCCUCCCUUAUUGAGCUUCCAACACCAGAACUUAACAAGAUUGCUUUGGAAUGUUUCCUAGUUCUCAUGCAAGUGAUGGGGGAUUACCCUCUGCGAAGUAAAGUGGAUUCUAGCCAUGAGAUGGCGAUCUAUGAAUGCAUCGUCUUCAUCAUCAAGAAUUGCCUUGAACAUCCUGAGCUGAGAGAUGAAAUAUUCUGCCAGGUUGUGAAGCAAAUCACAUACAAUCAGAGUCCAAAGAGGCAAAGCGUCCAGCAGGGCUGGCGCUUCAUGCUCCUCCUGACUACCUACUUCCCAUGUUCCGACGUCCUCAAGCCGUACCUCUUCCAGUAUCUCUCUGAAGCCGCCUCUCACGAGAGUCAGAACCCCUACAGUGGGCUUGCGGGUAUAUGCAUUCAGAAUCUGAGAAAGGCGUUGAGGUUUGAUGGGAGGAGGGUCAUACCCAGCGAAACAGAGGUCACUCACCUACUGGCUGGCAGAACAACCAGAAGGCAGCAGUUCCUCAUGCCAGGUGGAAUCCGUACGAUGCUGAAGAUAACCACUAGCACGGUGGUGGCAGACAUUCUGGCCGCAGUGUGUGGUAGCUUCGGAUUGACCAAUGAGAAUGACCGCAAGGAGUACGGACUCUUUGCUAUCAUUGGAAGCAAGCAUAAUGAGACAUUACUCCAGCAGAAUGAUUACAUCAUGGACAUCACUACUCAUCUAGAACAGACGGGCAUUGCCUACGUAUUCCUCUUCCGCAGGGUGCUAUGGAAACGACCUCUACGGAUGGACCUUGUUGACUUCAUGCAGAUCAUCUACAAUCAGGUUCGUCAAGACUACAUCAGUGGUAACCUGGUGAUUCUACAGCACGGUGAGCUGACCGAUGAUCUACUGACCACCAUCAUACAGCUAGCUGCUUACCAGAUAAAAGCUAAUGAUCAGGUCCAACUCCCAACGCAGAAAGACCUGAACUACGUGCUCCCCUUCAACGUGAAGGAGAAGCAACAAUCUCAGCGCUGGCUCAACCUGCUUCACUCGAGCCUGGAGCAGAUGCGAGACGUCACCAAGGUCCUGGCCCGCGUCAGGUUCAUCAAGACGCUCCAGGAGUGGGAGCUCUUUGGCUGUAACUUCUUUGAGGUUACGAUGCAGAGUGGAGCCACCGCCAACGAGGCCAGACUCCUGGCUGUCAAUAAAGAUGGGUUCUUCAUCCUCAAGAGCAACACACACGAGAUCUUAAAGUUCACGUCACUGGCAGAGAUUGUUUCAACGAGGAGACUCCGAUCUAACGAUGGCAAGGCCUCGUACUUUGACAUCAAACAUGGCGACCUCAUGAAGCAGACUGUCACCAGAUUCCAGACAAAUCAGGGAGUUGAGAUAGGUGAGUUGAUAGCCAAGUACAUGAAGUAUCAGGAGGUCGGUACAGUGAGAGAACCUCAACCAGUCUCCAGUGAUUAUCAAACCAAUGCCAUCACCAACCUCUGGCCAUCACAACAACAAGCACCACCAGGACCCAGUGACCCUUCCAUGCCAGCCGGUCAAGCUAACGGGAUAGAAGGACGUUACAGGACCCCCUCAUCCACUGAUUCUCAGUCCAGUGGAGCCGGUGGUUCGUCUAUCAUGCCAGCCAGUCCCAGCCACACCCCACCCGCUGGAGCCGUCAGGGUCAUGUCCUUACCCCCUCUACAGGUCAACGUUGACCAACCCCCUGUGGAGUACAACAAUAACUACGGUCCCCCAAAGGGCAUGACCGACCCAAUUAGCCCGCGUCAGCUAAAUGGAGAUGGGCCAGGCUACGGCACCCGCCCAAAUUCAAUACCCAUCAGCCCUCAGUCGAGUCAGCCACCCCUUGAAAAUGGAUAUCCGCCAGCACCAACGAGACAGCCCGUGCCUAAAGGAGGCAUCCUCAGGAAUCGCAUGUCGUCAAGCGAUGUCGUCCGCAAUCCCAUGUCACAGCCCCAACCUGCUGAUAAUAUCCUCAAACGUGGAAAUGUACGAGGGGCGCGAAAGUAAGAAUGUGUGGGACAUUUAUUGCGUCGAUCAGUCCAAUAUUGGAGUCCUACAAAUCUGUUUAUUGCUUGUGAUUCAUGAUCAUGUGUACAUCAAUGUUUUGUUAUAUACAUUUAUCUAUACGGUUAAAAGUGGCGCUCAUUUGUACUCACAAUAUGUUAUUCAUAAAAGAUUAUUGCAAUUGACAGGAAAGCCAACAUUACACAUUGAUGCAUCAGGUGAAAUUCUUAGUGACUAUGAAUGUAUUAUAAAAAAUAUUGCAUGUGCAAGAUAACGUUUGUGCCUCCAAAUUGUAUCCAUGUAACAGUACUGUAUAUCUUGUUUUCUAACAAGAGAAUGUUAUAUUAUGUAUCUUUUAUUAAUUACUUUUUGUAGUGGCUAAAAUCACAAAUCACAAUAUGAUCAAUUUCUACUUUCACCUUUAAUUAAGUACUGUGAAAGAAUACAUGUAUAUAUAAUAUUUUUAUUUGCAGUAUGAUUUUCAUGCAAUGAUUUAGGUGCCUAUAGCCCUUGUGAGGGUCCCUUUAAAAUUAUUUUAUACUUAUGAAUCAUUUUAGUUUGAAAUGGAAAAUGCUUGUUUGAAAAUGUGUUUCAAUACAGUGCUUUAUGUUUAUGUUAAAGGUAAUACAAAGUUUUGGGAAAUUAUGAAAAUUCGGUGGAUAGUGAUUCUUUACAAUUUU